GCCCGAGCCGCGCCCCCGGCGUGGCACCCACUGCGCGGCAGCGCGCCAGAAUGUGGAGCCAGAGGGGCGGUUCGGGCCGUGCUGGCAGGGGCAGGGCGGCGGGCACCACGGGCUCGCGCAGCCCUGCCCUCUCGGCGCGCCAGUCCCGCGACGCGAGGUCUCGGGACACGCCGCAGCGCAGCUCGCGCGGCCAGCGCACCCCCCCGCGCACCCCCCCGCGCAGCUUCGAGGGCAGCCGCUCGCACACCCCCACGGCCAGCCCCACGAACAGCCCGCGCGGCCGCCGCACCAAGCCGUGGCAGCCCCCCGCACAGCCCGCGUGGCCGCAGGGGCUCGGCGGACUUUGACGACGGGGCGGGCCCCCUGCUCCAGGACUCCUCCAAGGCUCCGAGCCACGAUCGGGAUGGCACAGAUCUUGGCGAUCCUUACGGCGGUUCCGUCGAGGAGGGGCACGGCAGGCGCCGGCACAGCAGCAACAGCCGAUCCGUGCAGCGUGCAGGACCUGAGGCGACCUUGUGGUCGCACCUCGGGGGCAUGAAAUACGCUCUGUCGCUUGGGCUGAUUGGGGGCGUAGUCGUGGUUUGGCUCGGCGCCCUGGUGACCGAUCUGCAGCGGCGCCAGCAGAGCUCGAGCGCACCGGCAGAGGUCUCGGAGCGCACCCUCGAGGAACCGAUAGGGGGCGCGGCCACCGCCAACGUAACGGCGGCGUGGCCCAAUGUGGCCAUGCCGGACAGGCUCGUCGCGCCAACAGGGCGCAGCGCAGCCGCAGGCGAGUCGUUGGACCCCGAUGGCCAGGGCGGCAGUGGCGCGGCGAUGGUGGGCGUGGCGGCAGCAGCUGGCACGGACUUCAAUGGGGUCGCAGCGACUCCAGACGCGGCGGCAGUUCCCGGGAAGGCUUCUACUCCAGCGAUGCCAGGCGUGGAUGCGAUGGCUGGCGAGGGCUUAAACGGGAUCGCAGUGAUGCCAGACGUGGCGGCAUCGACGACCGAGAGGGUUACCACUGCAGCUCCCACCCCAGUCCCGCCGCCGCCUACCACUCCAGCUCCCACCCCAGCUUCCACUCCAGCUCCCACUGCAGCUCCCACUCCAGUCCCGCCGCCGCCUUGCGCGAUCUCGGGGGAAAACUGUGCUGAGAGUCGCUGCUGUGUCGGGGCCGGCGAGCAGUGUUACGAGAAGAGCCCCGGGGAGGCGGCGUGCAGGGCAGAGUGUCGUGCUGGUCCGGACAUGUCCGCCUAUCUCGAGCGCUCGAUCUGGUCUUGUCGGGAGCUUGGGCAACGGACGCCUGGCCGAGUGGCAAAGGUGAACUGGACGGGCAUGCCUGUACCAAGUUGGGCGAAGCAGUACUGCUCCUCGGGUAAGGACAACUGCCAGAUGACCAGGUGCUGCAGCGAGGAGGGCAUGCAGUGCUACGCUAAGAACACGUCGCUGGCCCAGUGCAAGCCCUCCUGCAUGCCGGGCCCAGACUUGACCGACGUCGAUGGGAUGAGUUGGAGCUGCGAAGAGAUCGGACCACGCACGCCAGGGACGGUCUUGGAGCCGAGCGUCACGGGCCUGGUGGCGCCAGCAUGGGUCAGGACGCAGUGCUCGGCCAGUGGCGAAAACUGCGACGUGACAAAGUGCUGCAGUCAGGAUGGCCACCAGUGCUACUCCAAGAGCCCAGGCUGGAGCUCCUGCAAGCCGGACUGCACGCCCGGACCCCAGCCAGAGGACCGCGCGGACGAGAGCUGGUCCUGCCGCGCCUUGGGGCCCCGGACGCCAGGCCUGGCGAAGACACCUCCCGUGAGGCGGGGCUCCUUCCUGGUCGUCGGUGACCUGGGAGCCAAAGGAGGCAGUCACGUGGGCUCGAUGAGGUGCAGGAUGGCCGUCGCGAGGGCGAUGGACGCCAAGAUGAGCGAGCUUGGGAACGUGAAGUUCGUGGUGAACGUCGGCGACUCCUUCAAAGACAGCGGCGUCCUCGACAGGGACGACGAGAAGUGGGACAAGGCGUGGCGAUGGAUCUACAGCGAGCAGCUCCGCAGCGUUCCCUGGUACAGCGUGUACGGGAACCACGACUACCGGUCGGACCCCUGCGCGUGCGCCGACGUGGAGGCAGAGUGCGCGCAGGUGAAUUACGACGAGCAGAACCUCGAGUACUUCCAGAUGCCCGGCACCAGCUACUUCAGGGCCUUUCCAGAAAUCGGCAUCGAGAUCGUGGGCCUGGACCUGAACAACUUCUGCGACGCCAGCGUCCAGACCGACGCGAGAGGGCCAGCUGAACUGGUUUUCGGGGAGUGCGCACACACCGGCUGCGUCGCCAAGUGCGUCAAAGCCAUCAGGAACCGUACCCUGGAGGCUCUGGACCUGUUCUUCAAGCGCACUAAGGAGUCCACGGCCAGGUCGCUCGUGGUCUUCUCCCACUACCCGACGGAUUACUUCACCAGCUCCCCCGAUUUCCUCAGGGCUCUGGCGGACAACUCCAGGCACAACAUCACGUACUUCAGCGGCCACCGCCACGGCGUCGACAACGCCAGCGCCGUCUCCAUCGAGCCGAAUAAGUAUUGGGUCGUCGGCGAGGGCGACGACGACCGCUGCGACGCGGAUCAGCGGCACGGGAUUGUCGUCGGGGAAAUCGCGGGCGACAGCUCCAUCACGACCUACCCCGUCUUCGUGGACGGAGGAUGAGGGAUGCUGCUCUUCCUGAGAGGACAACAGAAGCGGAACUGAUACGAAGCGCUAAUUACAUAUGGCCCAUGAGAGGCCAAGCGCUCAGCCUUUUCUGCAGGUUCACGCGGGUGGCCGCCACAGAACGCACACCGUCUUCCCAGCGGUAAUGUUUUUUCCACAGGGAGACUUUAUUAUAAGACCUUGGCCGUCGUGGUAGCGCCCGAAUUCACCGAGACGCAGACCUCCGAUACCGUCAGUUUGUCAAUGCGGGUUCGAACGCAUGGUUCUGGAAAAGAUCGCCGUCCCCACUUAUGUCGGAGACGCUGGAGGUCUGGGUAUCCAGGUCUCCGGUCGUACCAGAACGGAGUUCCCUGCCAGAGACCUGAGAACCUGCUGCCGCUCCGCUUUGCCGUGUGAGGCCAGGCCCAGCUGUCCAGCGGAUCGCCGGGUGCGAUGUCGUGGCUUUCUCAAUCGAGGCAGUCUUUCUUACUCGCAGCCUCUGGAGGCAGUUUUCGGUCCCCGGGGCCGCCAGG